UUUAGUUCGCCACCAACUACGUUAGUCGCAUAGUUCCGAGAGACUUCUGAUCUCAUCUAUAAGGACGUGCUUGCCAAAGGAUAAUGACUGUCUAAGCUCUUUGGCGUCUAUGAAUCAUUAAGUUGUGUACCAGUAAAUAAAAACAAAGCAUCGCGAUGAGUUCCACAGGCGAUGUUAAAUUUCAAUAUCUUGCCGCCAUUUACGUUAAUAUCGCGUCCAUCUCUUUUGGCGCCUAUUGCGGUUGGCCAUCGGCUAGUUUUCUGGAGUUGGCCGGCGAACAGAGUCCGCUAGAGACUGGACCUUUAACGCAAGGUGAUCAAGGCAGCGUGGCUGCGGUGCUCUGCCUGGGCGGCCUCAUUGGCAAUGUGUUCUUUGUGUGGUUGGCUGAUCGUUGUGGUCGCAAGAACUCGAUGCUGUGGGUAACGUUGCCAUCGCUGUUGGGUUGGGUUCUAAUACCUUUUGCCAGGAACCCCACACAUUUGAUUGUAGCGCGCUUUCUGGGCGGCGCGGCUGGCGGCGGUGUCUUUGGCGUGAUACCCAUUUAUAUAGCCGAGCUGGCCGAAGAUAGUGUUCGCGGAAUUCUGGGCACUUUCCUGGUGCUGACCUGCAACAUUGGCAUUGUGCUUGCCUUUGUGCUCGGCUACUACUUCAACUAUGCCACCGUAUCGUGGAUUGUGGCCACCUUAUCGGUGCUGUUCUUUGUGUGUUUUUGGUUCAUGCCCGAGACGCCGCAGUAUCUGAUGCUAAAACAGAAGACUGAGCAGGCAGAGUGUGCAUUACGCUACUAUCGCAACAUACGCUCACGGCAGUCGAAGGAACUGAGCGAGGAGCUGCAGCUGGAGCUGCACAAGUUGCGUGCGCCCGAACAGAAGGCGGAAAAAGCCAGCGAGGAUGAGGUGGACGAUAAUGCGGUCACAUGGGCGGACUUUGCUAAUCCCACGGCUCGCAAAGCUUUUCUUAUUGGCUUCGGUCUGGUGGCCUCCAAUCAAGGUUGUGGCGUCUUUGCCAUGCUCAACUAUACAGCCAUUAUCUUUGCCCAGUCUGGCUGCAGUAUGGAGCCGACCAUCGCCGCCAUCAUUGUGGGCGUCAUCCAGGUGGUGGGCUCCUAUGUGGCCACUUUGCUAGUGGAGCGUGCUGGCCGCAAAAUGCUGCUACUUAUCUCAGCCGUGGGCAUCUGUCUCAGCCAACUUGUGAUGGGUGCACACAGCUACCUCAAGACCAUUGGCCACGAUACUACCGGCUUUGAUUGGGUGCCCAUUGUUGCCUUCGCGUUCAUGCUCUUCAUUGCCGCAUGCGGACUGUUGACGGUGCCGUUCCUCGCGAUUGCGGAGAUUAUGCCGCCCAAGAUACGCAGCACAGCCAACAUGCUGCUCAUGUCCGUGCUGUGGGUGCUCUCCAUGAUCGCCAUCAAGCUCAUUCCGCUGCUAAUGGAAUCAUUGGGCAUGCAUGGUUCCUUGUUCCUCUUUGCCAGCUUGACGCUUUGCGGCACCCUCUUCAUUGCCAUCUUUGUGCCCGAGACGAAGGGCAAAUCCAUCGAGACCAUUCUGGCCAGCUUGUAGUGAUUUCUUAUAUGUUACUUACUUACUCUGUGUUCUAGCUACUGGCAUUGUUUUAUUUUGUAUUUUUGUUAUCAUUAAAUGUAUUAAGAAUCUUA